CUCCUUCGGCAUUCAGUCACGUGGUGUCAUGUGAGAUAUGCUUGCUAGUUCCCAGAUCAGUUUUGCUGCUAUUACCAGUGCGAGCGCACGUGUUUUGUUUAUCUUCUGCAAUGAAAUUUAUUAUACUCGGGAUUUUUCAGUUUAAUUGUGAAUUAUGACUGAUUCGGUGUUACAAAGACUUGCAAAGGAAUUUGAAGUCGAAAAAGACAAUGAUUUGUCGUAUGAGGUGGCAAAUGCCCCGAGCAAUCUCGGUAGUCCUCAAAAUCCCGGACCCAGCACUAGUACUCCAUUAAAGGAACAGAAAUCUAGUCAGGAGUCGUUGUCAGAUUCUAUGAAGUCGUUGAUAGAAUCACUGCAGAAGCAAUUCAGUGAUUUCCAAUCAUUGGUAAUUGAAGAAAUUAAAUCCACUAAUGCGCAGAUUGACAGUUUUAUGGAAGAGCCCGAUACAAAGAAAGCAAAGUUAUCUAAUGAUAACUUGGAGAUAAUUAAUCCAAACAGAGAGGAAAAUUCCUCGCAAGAUAAAGAAGAGGCAAAGCCAGAAUCAAAUACCUCAAUUUUGUUUAAACUUUCUGACAAAUUUACAUCUUCUGAAAAAACGGGCCCUACUAUUAAUUUGGAACUAUCCAAGAUUCUAAAAUCGAUUGUUCGUGAACGGCAAACCAAGAAGGAUGAUGAAAAAAGAAGAACUGAUCUCUUGGAAAAGAAACCACGGCCUGAAAAUUGUGAGUUUCUCUCAGCUCCGAGGGUAAAUCCCGAAAUUUGGAGAAAGAUAUCUACCAAUACAAGAUCUAAAGAUAUAGAUUUUCAGAAAUCUCAAUCCUCACUUCUACGGGCUCUUGGACCGGUUACAUAUGUGUUGGAAAAAUUGUUGGAAAAAGAUCCAAAAGGAGAGGAUGAGGAAAUUUCUCCGCUAAUCGAAAGUCUAAUGGAUGCUGUAGUUCUCGUCUCUCUGGCCAACGAUGAUAUGAAUGAAUUUAGACGGAGCAACAUCAAGCCUGAUCUGCAUACGGACUACAGACCUUUGUGAUCUAACCUGGUCCCUGUCACCGAAAUGCUUUUUGGAGACAACAUCGCCGAUCAAUUAAAAUUAAUUCAGGAGGCCAACAAAGUUGGAAAGAAAGUUGACAAAUACCAACAAUCGACAAAGCCUUUUUUAGGAUCAAGGCCUUCUUGGACAAGUGGUUCCAGGAAGGGAAAAACGGGGUGGGGAAAACAAACCCAAGACAACACCCAGACAUCAUAAUGGAACAAGGGCAGCAGUGUGCGAACCCCUUACAAAGCGAAGAAGUUCUAGAGUCACAGGUCAGUACACACAUUGCUGGUUGUAUAUCAAAGUAUAUAGAAGACUGGCAGGACCUGACAUCAGAUCCUUAUAUUCUUGACAUUGUUAAAGGAUAAAAAAUUGAAUUUAAUCAAGCUCCGUUUCAAAACAAGGGCUAGGCCAACAAUUGCUAAUAAGCGCGAUUCUGAGAUAAUUGACGAUCUCAUGUUCUCCUUUGAAAAGAAGGGCAUAAUUAGAUAAACUAGUCAUUGUGAUGGUGAAUUUAUAUCUACGGUUUUCACAGUACCAAAAUCUAAUGGAUCGUUUCGACUUAUUCUAAAUCUUAAAGAUAUCAAUGAAUUUGUCGUGU